CUGAGAUCAGCCACGAAUCUUCCACUCUCAAGCACAAGCAUGGCUGAACUGCCACCGACGCCGCUCACUUCAAGUUCUCAGUUUAUUCAGGCCGAUGACGACGACGAAUUUGACGAAGACAGCAUACCUAGUUUCUCGCAUCCAACUAUUCCAAGCCCGCAGUCACCAGCGCCGUUUAAAGGCAAAGGACGUGCAAGAGAACCAGAACAACUUGCGCCACCUUCCGGCGCGAAUGUGCGGGUUAGCUCUCCGCUGUCCGGAAAUAUUGGCAGUGGACCAGUGAGGUCGGCAGUUGGCGGAGUCCAGGUUGAACGACGCUAUACCGGUAUUGACACGCUGGACGAACCUGUGUCGAAAACUCUCGCGCGCGACUUGUUCUCCAUUUAUACCAAGCUUAUUCAGGUUCUCUAUCCUCGCCGUUCAUCUGGUCGCGAGGUGCUUCGAGACUGGGAUUUAUGGGGACCACUGAUGUUGUGCCUUGCUCUAGGAAUUAUGAUGAGCAUUAGUGCUCCAGAAAAGCAGUCUUUGAACAUUUUCACGAGCGUUAUCGUUAUCUGCUCAAUUGGCGCGUUGACGGUGACCAUCCAAGCCAAGCUUUUGGGCGGUAGAGUUUCGUUUUUCCAGGGUCUUUGCGUCUUGGGCUACUGCAUCGCGCCUCUGAACAUUGCCGCUUUGGUCGCCAUUUUUGUUCACCGUAUCUAUAUCCGGGCCCCAGUUGCUCUGAUCGCAUGGGCCUGGUGUGUGUGGGCAUCGGUCAACUUCCUCGAUGGCACAAAAAUAGAGCAGCACCGCAUCUUGCUCGCCGUAUACCCGCUCUUGCUCUUCUACUUCAUUCUGGCUUGGAUGAUACUGAUUCAAUAA